AACAAUUUUUUUUUUGAAAGAUGAAUGCUUAAGAUAGUGUCAGCAAGCAAGCAACGUUAUUUAAGAAAAUAAAAUUAUAGAACAAACAAACUACUCGGAUGAACCCAACCAAAGUCAUUCUUCAGAGCUGCGGAGCUUCUUCUACCGGCCAGCUCGCUAUGUUCUGGCAAACCCAAGGGAGGCUCUUCGGCUCUUCUGCUUCUCUCUCUCUCUCUCUAAACCUCAAGCUCAACAGGGAUUCGAACCCUUGAUCUCUUCUUUGCGUGCUAAGCUUUGUCACUGAUUCUACAUUACUUUGUUGCUCCUCAACUAUUGAUUUUCUUCUCUUCUCUUCUUACUCUGGGAGCCUCCUGUUUCUAUUUUACUUUUUGGCUAGGGCAGUGGUUAGUGGGCAGUAAUAACCUUAUACUGUUCCCAUCGAUAGCAUUUUUCCUUUAAUUAAUUACAUAAAAAUUUCCUUCGCAAUCCUUGCCGCCCAUUCUAAUAUAUAUGUAGCCAGUAGCCGCCCUCCUCUCCACCCACACCAUACUGCCUUUCCUUCUUUACCUGGAGCUCAUAAACUUCAAUGCAAGCUAAAAAUUUUCUCCUUUUGCGUUCGGAUCCACUUCUCUUGUCCAUUCAAGAUUCUAUUCUCUUCUCCAUAGAAACACUCUAUUGGGUAUUCUGGAUUUUGAAAUGCCGUUUUUCCUUCUGCUCAUUGCUCUGAUGAGCAGAAGCUUGCCCUUCUCUUGUAUAUCGAUUUAAUUAUAAAUAUAAAUAUUUAUGUUGGUGUCUUCAUGAAUGUUCUUUCAUAGGCAAGCAUAAGGUCGGGCCUUUUGGAAUUCAUUAUAGAGCAUAGAGCAUUUCCAUUGUAAAUACUUGGGCGGCCAAAGGAUAGAUCCUUGUCUUUUAAUCUGAAUAUUCUUAAGCGCUCGCAUCUGCUCUGCUAAGAGGUAAAUAGAAGCAUGGAGGAGACUUUUGUGCCUUUCCGUGGAAUCAAGAAUGACCUUCAAGGGAGACUGAUGUGCUACAAGCAGGACUGGGCUGGAGGAUUCCGAGCAGGCAUCAGAAUAUUGGCUCCCACAACUUACAUAUUCUUUGCUUCUGCAAUACCGGUCAUAUCAUUUGGGGAGCAAUUGGAGAGAAGUACUGAUGGGGUUCUAACUGCUAUUCAAACCUUAGCGUCCACUUCACUCUGCGGGAUUAUACACUCACUCAUUGGAGGUCAGCCUUUACUGAUCCUUGGAGUUGCUGAGCCAACGGUGCUUAUGUACACAUUCAUGUUCAAUUUUGCUAAAGAUAGAGCAGAUUUAGGAAGAAAUCUAUUUCUAGCAUGGACUGGAUGGGUGUGUGUGUGGACUGCUUUCCUGCUCUUCUUGUUGGCUAUUCUUGGUGCAUGCUCAAUUAUCAAUAGAUUUACGAGAGUUGCCGGCGAGCUAUUCGGUAUGCUGAUUGCUAUGCUAUUUAUGCAGCAGGCAAUUAAAGGACUUGUGGAUGAGUUUCUCAUACCAAAAAGAGAGAAUCCCAAGUUAUUGGAGUUUAUUCCAUCUUGGAGGUUCGGCAAUGGGAUGUUUGCUUUGAUUCUGUCAUUUGGUCUUCUGCUCACAGCAUUGAGAAGUAGGAAGGCUAGAUCGUGGCCAUAUGGUUGUGGUUGGUUGAGAGGCUUCAUUGCAGACUAUGGGGUGCCGCUGAUGGUUCUAGUAUGGACUGCAGUUUCUUAUAUACCAGCUAGUAGUGUUCCUAAAGGAAUUCCUAGACGCCUUUUCAGUCCAAAUCCCUGGUCACCUGGUGCAUAUAAAAACUGGACAGUUAUCAAGGAAAUGUUGGAUCUUCCGGUUCUCUACAUACUUGGAGCUUUCAUUCCUGCUGCAAUGAUCGCAGUCCUCUAUUAUUUUGAUCACAGUGUAGCUUCUCAACUUGCACAGCAAAAGGAGUUCAACUUGAGAAAACCGCCAUCAUUUCAUUAUGAUUUACUUCUUCUAGGCUUUUUGACUUUACUAUGUGGCCUAUUGGGAAUACCCCCAUCAAAUGGUGUCAUCCCCCAAUCACCAAUGCAUACGAAGAGCUUGGCUACUCUCAAACAUCAGCUCCUGCGCAACCGCCUAGUAGCCACUGCCCAUCAAAGCAUGAACCAGAAUUCUAGCUUAAGCCAAGUAUAUGAAAACAUGCAAGAAGCAUAUCAGCAAUUGCAAACACCACUGAUCUAUCAGGAACAAUCUGUUCGGGGAUUGAAUGAGCUGAAGGAAUCUACCAUCCAAUUGGCUUCGAGCUUAGGAAGUAUUGAUGCGCCUGUGGACAUGUCGGUUUUUGAUGUUGAAAAGGAGAUUGACGAACUACUACCUGUCGAAGUCAAAGAGCAACGUCUUAGCAAUUUGCUGCAGUCCGCCAUGGUAGGAUGCUGUGUUGCAGCCAUGCCGAUCCUUAAAAAGAUUCCGACUUCUGUGCUGUGGGGUUACUUUGCUUUCAUGGCAAUAGAGAGCUUACCUGGUAACCAGUUUUGGGAGAGGAUCCUCCUACUCUUUACAGCACCAAGUAGAAGAUAUAAAGUGCUUGAAGAUUAUCAUGCAACCUUUGUGGAGACUGUGCCCUUCAAGACAAUUACUGCUUUCACUCUCUUCCAGACUGCUUACCUGCUGGUAUGCUUUGGGAUCACUUGGAUUCCUAUUGCAGGAGUCCUUUUCCCCCUCAUGAUCAUGCUUUUGGUACCUGCAAGGCAGUAUCUUCUUCCCAGGCUCUUUAAAGGUGCACACCUGACAGAUUUAGAUGCAGCGGAGUAUGAGGAAUCCCCGGCUCUCCCAUUCAAUCAAGCAAUGGAGAUGGAAAGAGGCAUCAUGAGAGCAUCCUUUUCUCAUAGUGGGGAGAUUCUUGAUGAGAUAAUCACCAGAAGCCGUGGUGAGGUUAAGCAUAUGAAGAGUCCCAAAAUGAAUAGCUCGACGGCUACGCCGACGAGAGAUCUGAAAGGCUCGAACAGCCCCAGAAUAUCAGAGAAAGGAUUUAGUCCUCGGGUCAGUGAAUUGAAGCAGGAGCAAAGCCCUCGACUUGGUAGGAGAGCAUCAUUCAGCCCUGGUACUGCAGAAUUAAGGCUUUCAAACUUGGGACAGGGAUCUCCAGUAACAAGGAAAGAACAUCAUCCUAUAUAAUAAUAUUUGGGGAAUCAGCCAUGGCCCAUACCUCUACUACUACUAUUGUUCUUCUCUUUCUUGCUAUUGCUAACUUUGUUCACAUAUAACUGAACAUUAUAUGCUCUUUGUCUUUC